AUGGCUGCCUUAAACGGCAACCUUGCCGAGCAUCUUCAGAAUCAGCUAUCGUAUGCGAAUCUACAAGCCUGUGGUGACAUCAAACCAUUCACACCAUCGCCAUCAUACAAACGAAUGGCGCAAAGGCGGAAAGUGCCAGAAGGAGAAUUAUGUGCAGUGUGCUCAGAUCUUGCAACAGGUUAUCAUUAUGGAGUGGCGAGCUGUAAUGGGUGAAGGAUUCGUGUACCGUUUACCUACCCUAACUCUGCAAUGAAAUUCUGUGGUCAUGCAUCUGGAAUAGGGCCGAUUACUGAGGCUAAACGGAUGCAGUCCUAUGAUCUGGGCCAUCUACCAUCUAUUAGGCGCAACCCAGCAGAGAGGGCCUGCAGUACGUACGAUGAAGAUAUGGAUCUUUAUGACUGA